CGGAAAAAAAAUGACAGGCAUUCCGUCCCAUAUGUUGGGACUUACAAGAUCCGUUUCAGCUCCCGAUUUUAGUCAAUGGUAUCAUUAUAAGACCCAUGGGCAUGAAGAGGAGCUGGAAAGGUCAUCCUCGCAAUCCCAUGGGGGUUCGCAAAUUCAGAAAGAGAUUUCAUUUGAUUCGCCAAGAUCAUCGAUUGCUUUAAGUUACCAGCCCCGGCAGCAGGCUACAGCCGAGACGCAAACCCCUCGAUUGCCGACUGGAUUCAAGUCUCCCUCGUUUCUGGAAUUUCUAUGCUAUGUCUAUCUUAUAACUGGAAUUCAAGUGCUCCUGGCAGUGCUCCAAUGGCUAGCCACCACAUAUGAAUGGCAGCCAAAAUUCAAUUCAGCCGAACGAAUCCUCUUUGCGGUGAUUCUCCUCUUGACAUGGAGCAACCUCUCACUGGGAUUUCUUGGCUUUCGUCGACUACAAUUGAAAUUCCCGUUGAAUUGGAUCGUUUUCGUUUGCAUAUUUGAGAGUCUCACUCUGCUGAUCAUGCUUCUGUCCGUAAGGGAAUUGGAUCUAACGUGGCCCUUUAUGAUUGUUGGCGUACUCGUUUUUGUCAUCUACACAGUUUUGGGUCUAUGGGUUCCCUCCCUAUUGUCAGCGGAUCUAUGGAUUUUAAUAUUUGCUAGCAUAUCGGUGCUAGGAGUGGCCAUUAUUGCCAUGUCUAUUGGUCUGGCCGUGAGAUUCUAUAUUCCGCUCUCCGUCUGCAUGAUCAUCUUUGGUCCCUGGGCAAUGUAUAACUCCCAGAAUGUGAAUCGUGUCAAGCGAAUGGGCUACUGCAAUCGGAGCUAUCUGGUCGCGGCUGUCAAGAUGUAUAUCAACUUUGCCUGCACUGUUGGGGCCACGGUCUUGGUUUAUCGUGUUGCCGUCGAAUCCGUUGAGGAUGAGGCCUGCAAGAAUACAGUGAUCUGCUCGAAGCGUUCCUUUCAUCCAUUUAAUAUAUGAUUUUCAUCUAUUUUUAUUAUUCAAAAAUAAGAA